AUGCCAUACCAACCCUCCCACCGUCAAACAACCUCCCAAUCCUACCCCCGCUCUUCAAUCCUCCCAACCUCCAACAGCCAAAACAACUUCAACCAAACCUCCACAACAGCAAUGAACCCGUCCUUCGGACAAAGCUACGCACCCUCAUCAGGAAGCACCCCUUCAAUGUCCGCAGCGAAGUCUCGCCAAUACGCCCAUCUCCAUUCUCAGCUUGCGCAGCUGAACGCCAACCUUGCGGAUACUGAGAAUCUUCUGCGCAUGACGGCUGUCCAGGCGGGCGAUAUGCGCUUUUUGGGUGGAUAUAUUGGGGGCAUGUUCAUGGGAUCUGCGAAAAUUCUGGGCGAGGAGGGUGUGAAGGGGAAUGCGGAUCCUUCGAAGGAGGGGGAAGUGGAUGCUAAGAAGGAUGUUGAUAGUGAAGAAGAUUGA